GUUUCCGGUUUCUACUUUCACAUUUGUUAAAAAAUUUAUAUAAUAUAGUAUGGAUCUAAUCAUGCUGAUGAGACGGGAGUAACAACAGAAAACAGUUUAUAUUUUCUGUCAUCAUGGGAAAUCAAUUGACGGGUAUAGCACCGUCACAAAUAUUACCUGUAGAACAGUACUUGACAGAUGUUUCUUCUGAAUAUGAAUUUGAAUGCAGCUUGGGAAGUACACGAUUUUUCAAGGUAGCCCGAGCUAAGACAAAGGAGGGAUUGGUCGUUGUCAAGGUCUUUGUGAUACAUGACCCCUCUUUACCCCUCAAAGAUCACAGAAUUUUCAUGGAAGAUAUUCACACUAGACUGAAUGGAACUUCCAAUUGUCUCCCUUUUCAGAAAGCUGUGCAAUCAGAGAAAGCCGCCUUGUUAAUAAGGCAGUAUGUAAAAGAUAGCUUAUAUGACAGAAUAAGUACACGACCAUUCCUCAUCAAUAUAGAAAAAAGAUGGCUGGCAUUUCAAUUACUUUGUGCUCUCAACCAGUGUCAUAAAACAAAGGUUUACCAUGGUGAUAUAAAGUCAGAAAAUGUCAUGGUUACAGGAUGGACAUGGCUACUGUUGUCUGAUUUUGCCAGUUUUAAACCUGUCUAUUUACCUGAGGACAAUCCUUCAGAUUUCUCUUACUUCUUUGAUACAUCAAGACGUAGAACUUGUUACGUUGCACCAGAGAGAUUUGUAGAAGGAGGUUGGAAGACGGCAGAGGUUGGAGGUCAAACUGCUAACCUUGACAUUACAGAUAGUAGUGAUGUCAAAAAAGGAGAACUCACUCCGGCUAUGGAUAUAUUUUCUGCAGGCUGUGUUAUAACUGAGUUAUUUACAGAAGGAACCCCGCCAUUUGAUUUAUCACAGUUAUUAGCUUACAUCAAUGGAGAAUAUAGUCCAUGGAAAGUUCUAGAAAAAAUAGAUGAUGGUAGUAUAAGGGACUUGAUAAGACACAUGAUAAAAAAAGAACCAAACCACAGACUGUCUGCUGAGGAAUAUAUGAUACAACAGCGAGGCAAAGCUUUCCCAGAAUAUUUCUUCUCUUUCCUAAAAUUAUAUCUGCAAAGGUUUGCGACAGCACCAAUUCUACCUCCAGAUGACAGAAUUAUAAGAUUAAAAAAAGAUUUUUCUAAAAUAACAAAGAAUUUAUGUGUGAAAGAAGAUCACUGCGAGGAAAAUGUUGGACUGGUUCUUGUGCUCUCAUUACUGGAAUCCAGUUCAAGGAAAUUACACUUUUUUAACACUAAGAUAAUGGCUCUACAACUUCUACUUGACUUCUCUAAGUACUUAACUACUGACAUUAUACUGGAUAGAAUAGUUCCUUAUAUGUUGCAUUUUGCAAAUGACCACUUUCCUCGAGUGAGAGCAGAGCUUGUAAGAGUAAUAACACAGUGUCUGAAAACCAUAAAAUCUGUACCUCGAAGUGAUGCCAACAUUUUUCCUGAAUAUAUUUUCCCUUCACUGUCAAAUCUGACACAAGAUCCAUCAGCUAUGGUGAGAGCAGCAUAUGCUGAAAAUAUUGCACAACUGGCUGAAACAGGCCUCCGGGUUUUAGAAAUGAUGCAGAGAAGUGAUUUAGAGGAGAAAGAAGAGGAUGAAACAGACAGCACAACAUUCCAGGCCAGCUAUGACAUGGAGCUAUUAUCUUUACAAGAGACAAUUCAACAAAAGGUCGUGACCUUACUGAGUGACCCAGAUAAUAUGGUAAAGCAAGCAUUGAUGGAGAAUGGUAUAACCAGGCUCUGUGUAUUCUUUGGAAGACAAAAAGCCAAUGAUGUUUUAUUGUCACACAUGAUUACAUUCCUGAAUGACAAGACUGAUUGGAAGUUGAGAGGAUCUUUCUUCGACAAUAUAGUUGGUGUGGCUGCCUAUGUUGGAUGGCAGAGUUCACCAGUACUUAAGCCUCUGUUGGAGCAGGGACUGAAUGACACAGAAGAAUUUGUAGUAUAUCGUACACUAAGAACACUACAGUCCCUGACAGAGUUAGGUCUUCUGCCAAAAACCAUGCUGCAUGAAUUUCUACAGGAAGUUGUCCCAUUUCUGGCUCAUUCUGGUAUAUGGAUCAGACAAGGGGCUGUGGGAUUUAUUUCUGCUGUAGCUAAAACAUUCAACAUUGCAGACAUACACUGUAAACUGUUACCACUGGUACAGGUCUUCCUUAAUAAAUCUGUUCUACAAAUCAACAAAGAGGUUUAUCUGUUAAACGCUCUAGAAAGUUCAGUCCCUCGAAAGGUGUUUGAUUAUAUACUAAAAUCUAACAUGCUCGGCAGGCUGUUUGAUACAUUACAAGAAAGACAAUAUAUGAGGAAGAUUUACAGAAAUAAAGUUACAUAUUCAGAAAUGGACGAAAGCAUGUCACAGAUAUUCAGGAAGUUGUCAUCACUAGGAAUGGCUGAAGAACAUGAAGAUAAAAUCCUGGCAAUGAAAGAUUACAUAGUCAAGCUUCACAGAAUCAGAGCUGGAUCAUCAGAAACUGAACCAAGAAAUGGAGAGGAGAUGAACAGACCUGGGGAAAUAAAUGUCAUCAGUUUUAGAGCUGUUACACGGAGGCAUGCUGAACUGGAAAGAAGUAAAGAUUCUAAAAUGGAUGGAUCAACUGGUACCCCACCAAGUCGUGGAAAGAAGAAACAACAAACAUUAGAUAGUCAGACAUCAAGUUCUAUGAAUCCAGAAUGGAAGAGUAUGUUUGGUUCUAGUGAUUCUAGCUCCGCUACAGACUCGCCGAAAUCCAAGUCGGUUAUCAAGGCGGAUUUACAGGAGAAAAAGAUCAGUUCUAGUACAACUUCACUGACUAGCCAAGGAUCGUCUAACUCUGGCAGUUUUGUAACCAUGUCACAGGGACAGAUAUCUAUCCCAGAAGGCACUCUGGCAAGGGGAACAAUUGGGGCAAUUACUCAAGAUAUGAACAAAAUUAUGGCUACACGGUACAAUCCCUGCAAACUGGAGUUACGGAACUUGGUACAUCAACAGAGAGACAGAUAUAAUGAUGAGAUCCUGUCCAAAGACUUACUGAUUGAUGAUUUGUCACCAUGGGAAAGUCAACCACCAUUGUCAAACUGGAGACCUAAAGGUUUACUGGUUGCUCACUUACAUGAGCACAGAGGAAGUAUUAAUAGAAUCCAAGUGUCAUGUGAUCAUUCCUACUUCGCCACAGCUUCCAAUGACGGCUCAAUAAAACUGUGGGAGUGUGACAAGUUAGAAGGCAAAAGUAGUAUCAAUAGAUCUAAACAGACCAUAAAUCUCAAAGAUGGUAAAAUCAACAGUUUAGUAUUCUGUGAGGGUUCCCUGUCUCUGGCUGCUGCUACAGAGAAUAACAAUAUACAUGUGUACAAAAUAGAAAGUGGUAAAGCAAAUGCUGUGAACAAACUAGAAAUAGAUAAAGAAGAAUUUGGUAAAGUUGUUGAUGUAACUCAUUAUGACACAGGAGCCCAGUCAGUUCUGGCCUAUGCUACAGUAAAUGGAUAUAUAAUGGGAUUUGAUUUGAGGUCCAAUAAAGAAGUUUGGAAGCUGAAAAAUGAUCCAAAGAAAGGUCUAAUUACUACUUGUGCUGUACAUCACUCUCAGUGCUGGUUUGCUGUCGGAACCAGUAGUGGCAGCCAUGUUUGUUGGGAUCUAAGAUUCCAGCUGCCUAUUACCUCAAUAGAACAUCCAAUGGGAGCAAGGGUCAGGAAGUUAAUAGUCCAUCCAAAGGAGCAAUCGUGGAUAAUCUCAGCUACCCAGGGAAAUAAUGAGGUGUCUAUGUGGGAUGUAGAGACAGGAGCUAGACGCAAGGCAUUAUGGGCCAGUCCUGCUCCACCCCUGUCACAAAAACAGGCAAGUAACCAUUCUGUAUAUGGUAUGCACAUGGUGAUGACGGAUAACAAUGUUAUAAUGUUGACAGCAAGCUCCGACAUGAGGGCCAGAUUCUGGGAUAUCAAUUAUCCUGCUAAUUCUUACAUCAUGGCCCCUGCUGCCCUGGACCCUGGUCAUCAACCAAGUGUUAGCUACAGAUCUCGUUUAAUAGAGGGCACAGAAGUCAUAAUAGAAACAUAUACCAAAAAACAGACUUCUACAAGUGAAGACAUUCCACGCUGUGGACCAGACACUCCAGCCAUUGGACACCAUGAUGUCAUCAGUGAUAUAAAUACAUGUAUGGCUUCUCAGUGUCUGGUGAUAACAGGCUCUAGAGAUGGCGUUGUAAAAGUCUGGAAAUAAUAUUUAAAUAUUCAAGGUCGAAUGUCAAAUGUAAAACUAAAGGUCACAAGGACAUGGAAAUAAUGUUCAAAUAUUCAAGGUCAAAGGUCAAAUGUUAAACUAAAGGUCACAAGGACAGUGCAAUAUGUAGUUUGUGAUAAAUAAACCAUUUGAAAUAAUUGUUAUGCCAAAUAUCAAUAUUUUUUUAUAUAUUAAAAUAACAUUGUAUUUUGA